AUGAUGCAGCAGAUGAUGCAGCAGAACCAGAUGAUGGCUCAAAUGAUGCAAGGCAUGCAGGGACAACAACCUCCUACUCAAGCUCCCGUUCCUCAAGCUGCAGCUGGACCAGAUUUUCAUGCCUUCUUCAGGAUGGAUCGUCCAGAGUUUGUUGGCGGACUUGAUUCUCUUUUGGCUCAUGAUUGGUUAGCUGGUAUGGAAAGGGUGUUCCAAGCUAUUCAGUGUACUGAAGAAGAAAAGGUGAUCUUUGCUACCCAGAAGAUGAAAGGACCGGCUCUGAGGUGGUGGAACACUGCAUCCACUUAUUUCACCACACAGGAGAUUCCUAAGGAUUGGCAACACUUCAAGGUGGCAUUCUUGGAGAAGUAUUUUCCUAAUAGUGUGAGAACUCAGAAGGAGCGAGAAUUUCAGAACUUCAAGCAAGGUGACAUGUCUGUUUCAGAAUAUGCAGAGAAGUUCGAGGACUUGGCUGACUACUCCAGACAGGCUGUUUAUGCUCCAGAUGAACUAUGGAAGAUCGAUCAGUUUAUGAUGGGUUUGAGGGCCGACAUUGCCCAUAGCGUUUCCCAAAGAGAGUUCACCACUUAUGCUGAAUGUCUAAGACAAUGCUAUGUUGCUGAAAACAGUUUGAAGAGGGUUCAGGAAGAGAGGAACCAGAACAGGGCUAAUUUCAGAGAGCAAGGAAGGUCUACUCAACACUUGACGCCCCGUAAUCCUCCACCAAAGAAGAAGCAGGUUUAUGGUGAUCAGUCGACUCAACCGCCACAGUGUCGCAAGUGUGGAAGAAAGCAUGCGGGGGAGUGCAAGUAUGUGUCUGUGACUUGUUAUAGAUGUGGCGAGCAAGGCCAUAUAGCUCCACAGUGUCCACAAAGGAGGAUUCCUGAGAAGACUGCAGGUCGUGUUUACACUUUGGAUUCGAGGAAGGCCAAGGGAAACAACAAUCUCAUUGCGGUGUGUUUACCGACUUGGGUUGGGAGCUACUCCAUUACCCAAUCCUAUGAUUAUUUCUUCGGCAACGGACGAUACCGUGGAAGCUCGACUAAUUUGUAA